UCUGGUUGGUGUGUUGCAUCCACUGUUCGUCUGAAACGUCUGAAAUAUGACGUGAGAAGAAAGAGGGCGAGACGAAUGCGGUACUUUUCUUGCCAGUAUUUUCGCGAGGUGCUUCAGAAUUUUACUAUGAAAAACCUAGCUUUGUAUUCAACUGUUGCCGUUUUGCUGGCAUUAGCAGAUGCCACAUAUGGGCUGAAGAAAGAAGACUGUGAAGUGUGUAUGACUGUAGUGGAGAAGUUCGCCAACACACUAACGCCAGAUGUCAGGUCAGACACUAAAAAGAUAGAAGCUGAAUUCCGGAAAUUCUGCAAGACGUCAAAGAACAAGGAGAACAGAUUUUGUUAUUAUCUGGGAGGUUUGGAAGACUCUGCUACAGGCAUUCUUGGAGAGCUGUCAAAGCCACUUUCUUGGUCCAUGCCUGCUGACAAAGUGUGUGAGAAAUUGAAAAAGAAAGACUCUCAAAUCUGUGACCUACGUUAUGAUAAAACCAUAGAUCUGCGAACAGUGGACCUGAAGAAGCUGAAGGUGCGGGAUUUGAGGAAGAUCCUGAGUGACUGGGAUGAGACAUGUGAGGGUUGCAUAGAGAAGCUGGACUUCAUUGCAAAAAUAGAGGAGCUAAAGCCCCAAUACAUGUCACAUCAGGAACUUUAGCAUUAUCAUUGAGACACUUAAUUGUCAGUGCUUCAAGGAAAUAAUGGGGGUGCAAAGUUUCUGUGCUAGAAACUGUAUUUACAUGUGGAAUGAUUCACCUUCUUGUUAUAACAACUUUGGCAUAGAAUUGGCAUGUAAAACAAUAUGUCUUUGUUGCUUAAGAAGUAAUUGUUUACCAUCGCAACAACUGAGACAGUGAAUGUCCUAUGGCCAAAAGAGAUCAAAAUUCGUAUGGUUCAAAGCAGUUUUGGGAUUCCAUGAAAGUCAUUUUGUCUUUAAUCAUCACAGAUUUAAUGGUACACAGUUUCACUACUCCAUGUAGCAUAGCUAAAGAAUGCAAAGGUAAAUAUAUAUGAAACAGGUGUCUAAUAAAAAAUGAGUCUCUUUUUUUUCAUGCAGGGAUCUGUGUAUUAGAAAUGUGUAAAAUAAAAAUGCUCUUUGUAAGUUUGAGGCUCCUUUGUACUUCAGGUGUUUAACUUGUUCUUAUCCAUAGAGCCUGAGGAAGUGUACCAUCACCAUAUAAAGAAACUGGGCUUUUCAAAAUUAUUGCCAUAGAAUCAGUUCAGGAAGUCCACCUUUGUAUUCAAUGCCCAAUUUCUCAAAUGUUAUUAUGUGUUACAUAAAACGUUAUUUUGUGUUCUAAAAAUUGUUUGUAAUCCUUUUUAACCCACUGAAUUGAGAAUAAGACAAUUCAUUUUUCCCUUAAAACCAGAUGAUAGGCUUGACUGAUGUCUCACAGAAGUUUGAUAUUUAAUUUAUGUUAUUUAAUAUAAUGGUGAUAAAUUCCAUACAAAUAUUUAAGUAGAUGUUGAUGAGAAUUUGUCUACUUUAAAACUAGGAUUUAAUGGAAGGAACUGAUAGUAUUAAAUGUAAUGGAUAUCUGUUCAAUAGUAGUGGGAAUUUAUCAUAUGUCAGGAGACUAACAACAGGCUGUUCUUGUCAGACUUUGAAUUCAAAUAAAUGUGCAUAUUAUAUUCUGGUAAUCAGAGCAGCUUUGUUCUGUUCAUUAUGUUUCAUUUAAUUUUGUGCUGCAGGAAGCCCAGUAAAUAUAUAAAUAUAUAGAAAUUCUGUAAGAGGCUCUCAAGCAUUUUUGUGUUUAUAAAAUUGGAUGAUGCUCAUUAACGCUAGUAAUACCAGCCCAUGCCUGUAGUUAGUGCCUUGUAACUUUAGCCGCGUGGAAAGCUAAAUGGUGUUGUGGAGCACAUGAAGCUGUACGCUUUCUGUGGUGAUGUUCAGAGGUACUCCCCGAGUGGAAAACAUUGCCUCUGGAGACCAGGAGUAGAUACACAAUGUACCAUACACCUGACCACACUCCAAGACUCUACAUUCCAAACUGGUAGUACCCACACUGACGUAAGCUGAUAAGACUGCUCCCCCAGCUCCGCGAGAGAUGAUAUGACCCUUCUACCACAGCUAGAGUUCCGAGGAACUAACAGUACAUAUUCAGCAUGUUGCUUUACUUAAAUCUGUCACAGAAUACACCCCAAAAUCGUAACCAUAAGUAAUGCUCAACUGCUAUGCAGGAUAAUAUUUUCAUGAGAAGUGAGAUGAAUAAGUAAUAUGUUAAAGACUAAAAUAAUUUAUUUAUGUGAGAUCUCCUAUAUGACUUGUGAGUACAUUUUUAUAGCAAAUGUUGCAAGAAGUGUUAGCCCUUUAAAGUUGGUCCUUAUAGAAUAUGCCAGCUAAGGUAAACCAUACUAUUUCAAACUUAAACAGAAAUUUGAUUGUGAGAGGAUGUUGAAAGUAAAUACAGAAUUGGAAUAACAUGUCUUGAGACCUUUAUUGCUUGAAGGCCAUUGAAGGUCUCUGUACAUACUGGUAACAGGUUUGGAUGUCAUGAUUCAUGUUUCCCUGGCAGGCAUAACUGUCUUGAGUGCAGCUUGCAACAGAAUGGUUGGUUGGUUGGUAGUGCAAGGGUGCCAACACCACCAUGCAGUGUUAUGGCUUCAGUCUGUUUUUAUUUUGAAGUAAGUGAUUUGUGAACAUAUGUAUACAAGUGAAACUUGUUAAAACUGCACUGUUGGCAUCAUUAUAGUAUUGAUCGUUAUGAGGUCACUGUUGUUGGCCUAAGAAUUUACCAUUUCACCUGUGAGUUUAGUUGUUCAUGUUUGUGAUUGUAGGCUACCAACUACAUUGAAACCCCGCAGGACAGAUGUCUAUAAUCAUGCUAUAGUAAGGUCCCUCAAAAACAUCAGUUCAGUAACUAAAUUUUGAAGUUCAAAGUUCAUUCACCCUUAUAAUGAAUACUAAAAGCCAAGUUGUCAUGGGGUCUAUGUUUUCUUGCAGCCAUGUUUUAUGUAACAGUUUGAAAAUUUAUGUCUUCAUUUUUUGUCAUCACGUUUGCUGCUUCUGAUUUACAUACAAACAGUUAUUUUGUGUUCAUUUACAACAUGUGAAUUAGCAAGGAGAGGUCAGUUACUAAACUCACCAACUACAAGAGUCUGCAUAUAUGAUCCUCACUGCACUGAAACAAGUCUUACUUAUGAUGCAGUCUAUAUACAGGAAGACAUCCAGAAGUUUGGACUAAUAUUUUAGAUUUGUAAUAGCAGUGGCUAGCUACAUUUGAGCAUUUUCAGUUUCAUUCAAAAUAACCAACCCUUGCAUAUGUGGUCAAGGCACAGAAGUAGGUAAAGCCUUGUUGUAACUAGAUAACUGAAUGGAAAUUUACAAAUUUCUUGUUUUCAGUUAAUUGCUUCAGGUUUUAGAAAAUUUCUCACAGUUUCCAAGAAGUCAGAAUUAUUUGGUUGGUAGACAGGUCCAAAAGACUUGAACAGAAUAUGAAUUUGCAGUACACUUGACUGAUGGUGGAUUAAAUAUUGGUUAAAGUUUCUUCAACUUAGCAGUGCUAAUCAUCAUUAAAAGUACAAUUUUUGGGAUUUGACUUGAUAUCCAUGUGUAACACUAUUAGUCACUGUUAUUGACUGAAAUGUUAGUGCAUGAUGGAAACCUUGCUGGUCAGAAGAAUAGUAAAGUUUUUAGUCUAGCUUUAAUGACUGAGAAUGUAAUAAAAAUUUCAGAACUAGCAGGACAUAUGGAUAUGUAAGGUUCAAAAUGAAGCAGUAAUCAGCUUCUGCUUUUUUUUUUUUUUUUUGCAUAGAUAAGGGUUUUGAAGUAUCAUGAAUUGUAAUGGCAUGAGACAGUCUUCAAACAAAGUAUGCCUGUACUGUAGCCCGUGUCUCUGGAAAAUCUUGAUAUAUAUAUGAAACUUACCCUUACAUGCAAUAUAGUUGAACUGGCCAUGGCUAUUGAAACAUUGUGUGAAUAAGGUAGGAAUCUGUUAUACACAAAUUUAGCUGCUGAGGGUAUCAACUCCUGCAGUGUGUGUGUUUAUACAUGAGACAUUAAUAUGCUGGUGUUUUGCAACAAAGAACAGAAAGUAUGUGAUUUCUAUGUAAGGACCUUAAAUAAGUUAUUAAAUAAUAAUGAUGUUGGUACCUGUA